CCUCUGCGCUCGUCCACCUUUCCAGUGAUAGACCUGAGGGGGCCAGCGUCUGUCCUGGACCCAGCCAUGAGGUCCUUGGUAGCCUUCAUCUGCCUAGCUCAGCUUCUGAGCUAUGCUACUGCUAGAAGUCCUCUUCCUCCCCCGGUGAGGGACCCAAACUGUGAUGACCCAGAGGUAGAACAGGCUGCCUGGGCAGCCGUACAGUAUGUCAACAGCAACCACAGACACGGAUACAAGUACACUCUGAAUCAGAUUGACAAAGUGAGAGUGUACCAGAGGAAGCCCGUGGGAGAGGUGUAUUCAAUGGAGAUUGACUUGUUGGAAACCACCUGCCAUGUGCUGGACCCAACCCCACUGGAAAACUGCACUGUGAGGCAGCUGACAGAACACGCUGUGGAAGGAGACUGUGAUGUCAAUGUGCUGAAACUUGACAACCAGUUUGUGGUAUCGAAUGCCAAGUGUGAGUCCAGUCCAGACUCAGCAGAAGACGUGCGUAAAAUCUGCCUGGACUGUGCCCUGCUGGCCCCCUUGAAUGACACCAAGGUGCUCCACACUGUUGAUGCUGCUGUGGCUGCCUUCAAUGCCCAGAACCACACUAGUUAUUUCAAACUUCUAGAGAUUUCCAGGGCUCAGCUCACGCCCCUCCACUCUUCUGUCUACGUGGAGUUUGUGGUGGGACCCACUGACUGUUCGCCAAAAGACGCGGCUGAGCCAGCUGCCUGCAACCUGCUGGCAGACCAGCAUGGCUUCUGCAAGGCAACACUGACCGAGAAAGUUGGUGGGGAAGAUGUUGCUGCCUCCUGUGUGGUCUUUGGAACCGUGCCUGUGGUACCCCAACCCCAACCUGAUGGAGCAGGACCCACUGUGGGACCCACUGUGGCUGCCGGAACUCCCGUGGUUGCUGGACCUGGACCUGCCGUGGCUGUGGGACCUGCUGUGGUUGGCAGACCCCCUGUAUUCCCUGCAAAGCCCAUUUUGAGCCAUUUGCCCCAUCAUGACCUCAGGCAUUCCAUUAUUGGGGUGGGCUCCUUUGAAUCUGCCUCUGGGGAACAUGGCCCUCCCCGAGGGCCUGGUGCACUAGGUCCUAAGCCUGUUAUACCAGGUGCUGGGCCUGCUGCACCAGCAAUCCCUCUGUGUCCAGGAAGGAUCAGGUAUUUCAAGGUCUAACCUUGUUCCCAGCUCUGGAAUUAAACCAUAUUUGACAAGUGUUCCUAUCUAUACAACCUUAGCAGAGGGGGAUAGGAAACAGGGCUGCCAUUUUGUCAAAGCUGAGGAAUGGGGUGGGAAUUGAGGAAAAAAAUGCCUUUUUUUGGUAUUUCUCCUAGUUUAGGCUGUGAAGCACACAAAAAAAGAAUUCCUAAAAUCCCCCCUCUUCCCCCUACCUUACAAGACAGAAGGGGAGGGAGGAAUGUCACAUUGGAUGGACAAUGCUAGUGACUCCCACAUUCUGACCAAGGAUCUCAGUGCCCUGCCUUGACACUCAACAGACACGAGAUGGCAGUCACUGUAUGCUCUGCCUUCUGGGUUGAUCUGUCACAGCAAAGAGAAAUGUGAUUUGAGAGGUGCUAUUGCCAAACUUGUGGCUUCCUGUUAAGAAACUAUUUUAAUAAACAAAGCUUCUAAAAGGAGA